CCGAUGGAGCAUCCCUUCCAAAGGGUGAAAACCUGAGCUCUACAUACCAUCCUUCCCAAUUAGGUUGCUCGAUCAUCAAUUAAAACCUUCGGCAAUUUUUCACUCUAUAUACUGAAACCCUAAUCCCAAUUCCUCCCCAAAUUCCCAAAUCACCUCUACUGCAGGUCCUUUUUUAAGCUUGAUUUUAAAAAUUCAUCCACCAUGAGGCCCGUGCAGAAUUUCGAGCAGCACGCUCGCCACCUGAUCGAACCAGAACUCCCAAUUCAGGCGAGGCUACAAUUGGCGAUGGAGGUGCGGGACAGUCUAGAGAUAUGUCACACCGGGGAGUAUUUAAAUUUCUUGAAAUGCUAUUUUCGCGCGUUUUCAGUGAUUUUAUAUCAGAUAACCAAGCCCCAGUUCGUAGAUAAUUCCGAGCACAAGCUCCGUAACAUUAUAAUUGAAAUUCUCAAUCGUCUGCCCCACAGUGAGGUUCUCAGGCCCUUCGUGCAGGAGCUCCUGAAAGUUGCGAUGCAUGUACUGACGACCGAUAAUGAGGAAAAUGGUUUAAUUUGCAUUAGGAUUAUCUUUGACUUGCUUAGGAACUUUAGGCCCGCGUUAGAGAAUGAAGUUCAGCCCUUUUUGGAUUUUGUUUGCAAAAUUUACCAGAAUUUUCGGGCAACUGUUAGUUACUUUUUCGAGAGUGGGGCUUUGGUGGCUCCACCGCCAGUGCCAGCAUCUACCUCUGGGUCUGUUGGGUCCUCGUUCGGUGGUGAUGAUGUGAAGCCCAUGGAGGUAGAUCAAAUGGGUCUGCCAAGUAGUUCUGCUGGAGGGGCUGCAGUGCAGCUCAACCCAAGUAUAAGGUCAUUUAAGGUUGUUACAGAGAGCCCUCUGGUUGGUAUGUUUUUGUUUCAGUUGUAUGGCCGGCUUGUUCAGACUAAUAUCCCACAUCUGUUGCCAUUGAUGGUGGCUGCAAUUUCGGUCCAAGGUCCAGAGAAGGUCCCAGCUCAUCUAAAGACUCAUUUUAUUGAGCUGAAGGGUGCACAAGUUAAGACUGUUUCUUUCUUAACAUAUCUGCUGAAGAGCUUUGCUGAUUACAUCAAGCCACACGAAGAAAGCAUAUGCAAAAGCAUUAUUAAUCUGCUUGUGACAUGUUCUGACUUGGUUUCUAUUCGAAAGGAAUUAUUGGUAGCCUUAAAACAUGUUCUUGGGACAGAUUUCAGGCGGGGUUUAUUUCCUCUAAUUGAUACGCUCUUGGAUGAGAGGGUCCUUGUUGGAACUGGCCGGGCCUGCUUUGAGACAUUAAGGCCUUUAGCAUAUAGUCUUCUGGCAGAGAUUGUGCAUCAUGUCAGGGGAGAUCUUUCUUUGUCUCAGCUAUCACGGAUUAUUUACCUGUUCUCAAGCAACAUGCAUGAUGCUUCAUUGUCUCUCAGCAUUCAUACCACUUGUGCUCGGUUAAUGUUGAAUCUGGUGGAACCGAUUUUUGAGAAAGGCAUAGACCAGACAACGAUGGAUGAAGCACGAAUUUUAUUGGGCCGGAUUUUGGAUGCUUUUGUCGGUAAAUUUAAUACUUUUAAGCGCACCAUUCCUCAGCUACUGGAAGAGGCAGAUGAGGGAAAAAGCCGUUCUACCUUGAGGUCAAAACUUGAAAUUCCAGUACAGCAGGCAGUUCUUAAUGUAUCGGGCCCUGUGGAGAACUCCAAGGAAGUUAGUGAUUGCAAGCAUCUGAUAAAGACCUUAGUUAUGGGAAUGAAGACAAUUAUCUGGAGCAUCACACAUGCACAUAUACCCCGGUCACAGGUUUCACCAUCCACACAUGGGACCCCUCAGCAAGUUCUUGCUUCAGCAUCAUCAGGUUCUUCUAUGUCGCAAGCUUUUAAAGGGAUGAGGGAAGAUGAGGUCUGCAAAGCCUCUGGUGUUUUGAAGAGUGGUGUACAUUGCUUGGCAUUGUUUAAGGAUAAGGAUGAAGAGAGGGAUAUGAUUCAUCUUUUUUCUAAUAUUUUGGCCAUCAUGGAGCCUCGAGACUUAAUGGACAUGUUUUCUUUGUGCAUGCCCGAGCUUUUUGAGUGUAUGAUUUCCAACAAUCAGCUAGUCCACAUGUUUUCUGCUCUUUUGCAGGCCCCCAAAGUAUUUCGUCCGUUCGCAGAUGUUUUAGUUAAUUUUCUUGUGAACAGCAAACUUGAUGUUCUGAAGCAUCCAGAUUCACCUGCUGCAAAACUUGUCUUGCAUCUCUUCAGGUUUCUAUUUAGUGCCGUAGUGAAGGCUCCCUCUGAAUGUGAACGUAUUCUUCAACCUCAUGUGCCUGUUAUUAUGGAAACUUGCAUGAAAAAUGCUACCGAAAUUGAGAAACCAAUUGGUUAUUUGCAACUUCUCCAUACAAUGUUUCAUGCACUUGCUGGAGGUAAAUUUGAACUUCUACUGCGCGACUUGAUUCCCACACUGCAGCCAUGUUUGAAUAUUCUGGAGGCAAUGCUUGAGGGACCUACUGGUGAAGAAAUGCAGGAACUUCUGCUUGAGCUUUGCUUGACAUUGCCUGCGCGGUUAAGUUCAUUGUUACCUCACCUCCCACGUCUAAUGAAGCCUCUUGUUAUGUGUCUUAAAGGAAGUGAUGACCUUGUCAGUCUUGGUUUGAGGACACUUGAGUUUUGGAUUGAUAGCUUGAAUCCUGAUUUUCUGGAACCUAGUAUGGCAAAUGUCAUGUCUGAGGUGAUUUUGGCACUGUGGUCUCAUUUAAAGCCUGCACCCUAUCCUUGGGGAGGGAAAUCAUUGCAACUUCUAGGCAAAUUAGGUGGUCGAAACAGACGUUUUCUCAAAGAGCCUCUUGCACUCGAAUGCAAAGAAAAUCCUGAGCAUGGGCUUCGGUUAAUUCUCACAUUUGAGCCUUCCACACCAUUUUUAGUACCCCUAGAUCGCUGUAUUAAUCUUGCUGUGGCUGCUGUCAUGCACAGAAAGGGUUGCAUGGAAGCUUUUUACCGAAAACAAGCACUUAAAUUUCUUCGUGCAUGCUUAUCAUCCCAGCUCAAUUUGCCUGGACUUGUUACUGAUGACAGAUCAACAUCUAGACAGCUGUCUGCUUUUCUAGUAUCUUCUAUUGAUCCAUCAUGGAGAAGAUCGGAGACAUCUGAUAUAAAGGCUGAAUUAGGUGUCAAGACAAAGACCCAACUUAUGGCUGAAAAAUCUGUGUUCAAGAUUCUCUUGAUGACAAUAAUUGCUGCAAAUGUGGAACCUGAGUUGUGCGACUCCAAGGAUGAAUAUGUUGCCCAUGUUUGCCGCCAUUUUGCUAUGAUAUUUCACAUGGAGUGUCAAACUUCUCAUCCUUCAACUUCGGCCUCAUCACUUAGUGGUUCUGUUCUUUCAUCUAAUACCAAUAUGAGUUCAAAGUCAAGAAAUGUUACUUCACUGAAAGAGUUGGAUUCCUUAAUCUUUUUAGAUGCUUUGGUUGAAGUGAUGGCAGAUGAAAAUAGACUGCAUGCUAAAGCUGCUCUAAAUGCAUUGAAUGUUUUUGCUGAGACACUUUUGUUUCUUGCUCACUCUAAACAUUCUGAUAUGUUGAUGACAAGGGGUGGUCCUGGUACUCCAAUGAUUGUCUCCAGCCCCUCAAUGAGCCCUUUAUAUUCGCCUCCUCCAAGUGUGAGCGUUCCUGUAUUUGAACAACUUUUACCACGUCUUUUGCACUGUUGCUAUGGAAGUACUUGGCAAGCACAAAUGGGGGGAGUUCUGGGGCUCAGUGCUUUGAUUGGAAAGGUCACUGUUGAAAUAUUGUGUCUUUUUCAAGUAAGAAUUGUUCGUGGACUGGUUUAUGUUCUCAAAAGGCUUCCUAUAUAUGCUACUAAAGAACAGGAAGAGACAAGUCAGGUUCUCACUCAAGUUCUUCGCGUGGUUAAUAAUGUUGACGAAGGAAACAGUGAAGCACGUAGGCAAAGUUUUCAAGGAGUUGUGGAGUAUCUAGCAGUAGAAUUAUUUAAUGCCAACUCAUCGAUUAAUUUGAGGAAGAUUGUGCAGUCUUCUUUAGCUCUUUUGGCAAGUAGGACUGGGAGUGAGGUUUCUGAGUUGCUCGAACCCUUGUACCAACCUUUGCUACAGCCUCUUAUUAUGCGGCAAUUACGGUCUAAAACUGUUGAUCAACAGGUUGGGACUGUUACUGCUUUGAAUUUCUGCCUGGCAUUGAGGCCUCCUCUUCUUAAAUUAACUCCAGAGCUUAUUACCUUCUUUCAAGAAGCUCUGCAAAUAGCAGAGUCCGAUGAAACUGUGUGGGUUGUGAAAUUUAUGAAUCCAAGAGUUGCUACGUCUUUGAAUAAACUCCGCACGGCUUGCAUCGAACUAUUGUGCACUGCCAUGGCAUGGGCGGACUUCAAAACUCAAAAUCACUCGGAGUUACGGGCUAAAAUAAUUUCCAUGUUUUUCAAGUCCUUGACGAGCAGGACACCAGAAAUAGUAACUGUUGCUAAGGAUGGGCUACGCCAGGUUAUUCUACAGCAAAGGAUGCCAAAAGAACUUCUUCAGAGCAGUUUGAGGCCUAUAUUAGUCAACUUGGCGCACACCAAAAAUCUCAGCAUGCCUCUCUUGCAAGGUCUAGCUCGUUUGCUUGAACUUCUGUCCAACUGGUUCAAUGUUACUUUAGGCGGUAAAUUGCUAGAGCAUCUUAAGAAAUGGUUGGAUCCUGAGAAACUUGCUCAGAGCCAGAAGUCUUGGAAGGCUGGUGAGGAACCAAAAAUAGCAGCUGCUAUCAUCGAGCUUUUCCACCUGCUUCCUUCUGCAGCUGGGAAAUUUCUUGAUGAGCUUGUAACUUUGACUAUUGAUCUUGAAGCUACCCUUUCCCCUGGACAGUUUUAUAGUCAGAUCAACAGUCCAUAUCGCCUUCCACUUUCGAAAUUUCUUAAUCGCUAUCCCACAGCUGCUGUUGAUUAUUUCCUUGCUCGAUUGUCUCAACCCAAGUAUUUCAGGAGGUUUAUGUAUAUAGUACGGUCAGAUGCUGGCCAACCUUUGAGAGAGGAACUUGCAAAGACACCAGAAAAGAUAAUAGAAAGUGCUUUCCCUGAACAUUUGCAAAAAUCUGAUGCAUCAACUGCCCAGGCAUCUUUCAAUCAUUCUUCUAUAAUGAGUGAAGAAGGCCUUGUUACUCCUAAAAGCGAGAAUUCUAUUCAAUCGGUUCCAACUUCUGGUGCCACAUCGGAUGCUUAUUUCCAUGGUCUUGCUUUAGUAAAAACUCUGGUUAAGUUGAUGCCUGGUUGGUUGCACAGUAACCGUGUCGUUUUCGAUACCUUGGUUCUAUUAUGGAAGUCCCCAGCUAGAAUUUCCCGAUUGCAAAAUGAGCAGGGAUUGAACUUAACGCAAGUGAAAGAAAGCAAGUGGCUAAUCAAAUGUUACCUGAAUUACUUGAGACAUGAUAGAUCGGAGGUUAAUGUUUUAUUUGAAGUUCUUUCCAUCUUCCUGUUUCGAACUCGCAUAGAUUUCACUUUCUUAAAGGAGUUCUAUAUUAUUGAGGUUGCUGAGGGUUAUUCACCUAACAUGAAAAAAGAUUUACUUCUUCAUUUUCUCAACAUUUUUCAAUUAAAACAAUUAGGCCAUGAUCAUAUGGUAAUUGUAAUGCAAAUGCUCAUUCUACCAAUGUUAGCUCAUACUUUUCAAAAUGGCCAAACUUGGGAGGUCAUUGAUGCAGCUAUGAUCAAGAUAAUUGUUGACAAACUGCUUGACGCUCCAGAAGAGGUUUCUGCUGAUUAUGAUGAGCCCUUGAGGAUUGAGCUUCUGCAGCUUGCUACUCUGCUUCUCAAGCACCUUCAGAAUGACCUUGUUCUCCACAGGAAGGAACUAAUCAAAUUUGGUUGGAAUCAUCUCAAGCGUGAAGAUAGUGCUAGCAAGCAGUGGGCAUUUGUUAAUGUUUGCCACUUUUUGGAGGCCUACCAAGCCCCUGAGAAAAUUAUACUGCAGGUUUUUGUCGCACUAUUAAGGACUUGCCAACCAGAAAAUAAACUGUUGGUCAGACAAGCCCUUGACAUACUAAUGCCAGCACUUCCACGAAGAUUGCCUCUUGGUGAUUCCCGUAUGCCAAUAUGGAUACGUUACACGAAGAAAAUCCUGGUUGAGGAAGGUCACUCAGUUCCCAAUCUUAUCCACAUAUUCCAGCUCAUUGUCCGCCACUCAGAUCUCUUUUACAGCUGUAGAGCUCAAUUUGUCCCUCAGAUGGUAAAUGCUCUCAGUCGCCUUGGAUUACCAUAUAAUACUGCUGCAGAAAAUAGGCGUCUUGCUAUCGAACUUGCUGGGUUGGUUGUCAAUUGGGAAAAACAAAGGCAAAGUGACUUGAAGAAAGGGUCUAAUAAUGAUGGCAUGGGUCAUAAUACCGAUGUACUGAGUCAUGCUUCAGCUGGAGUGGAUCCACGGCCUUCCCUUGAUGGAUCUACACUUCCUGAAGAUUCAACUAAGCAAAUAAAGGUUGAACCUGGUCUGCAAUCCAUUUGUAUCACGUCUCCCGGUGGUGCCUCUUCGAUUCCUAACAUCGAAACCCCUGGAUCUGCUGGGCAGCCUGAUGAAGAGUUCAAACCUAAUGCAGCUAUGGAAGAGAUGAUAAUCAAUUUCCUCAUAAGAGUGGCCUUAGUGAUAGAGCCAAAAGAUAAGGAGGCAAGUCUUAUGUACAAACAAGCUCUGGAGCUUCUAUCACAAGCCUUGGAAGUGUGGCCUAAUGCUAAUGUUAAAUUCAGUUAUUUAGAAAAGCUGCUAAACAGUACUCCGUCAUCUCAGGCGAAGGAUCCAUCUACAGCCCUAGCCCAGGGUCUAGAUGUUAUGAACAGAGUCCUAGAGAAGCAACCUCAUUUGUUUGUUCGAAAUAAUAUCAACCAGAUUUCUCAAAUUCUAGAACCAUGUUUCAAGUUCAAGCUGCUAGAUACUGGAAACUUGUUGUGCUCACUAUUGAAAAUGGUUUCUGCUGCAUUUCCUCCAGAAGCAGUCAGCACGCCACAAGAAGUGAAGAUGCUGUAUCAAAAAGUUGAGGAGCUUGUGAAGAAGCACUGUUCUGCUGUUGCAGCUCCUCAGGCUUCUGGAGAAGAUAAUUCUGCUAGCAUGAUUAGCUUUGUGCUUUAUGUUGUUACAACCUUAGCAGAUGUGCACAGAAAAUUGAUUGAUCCUGUUAAUCUAGUUCAUGUCCUUCAACGCCUUGCACGAGAUCUUGGAUCAUCGAGUGGAUCUUAUGCAAAACAAGGUCUGAGAACAGAUGCAGAUUCUUCUGUCACUUCCUCUCGUCAAGGUGCUGAUGUCGGCGUUGUCAUUGCUAAUUUAAAAUCUGUCUUGAAACUGACCGGUGAGAGGGUCAUGAUUGUAUCAGAAUGCAAAAGAUCAGUGACGCAAAUUCUGACCUCCUUGCUCUUUGAGAAGGGCACUGAUCCUUCUGUACUUCUCUGCAUACUAGAUGUAAUAAAGGGUUGGGUUGACAAUGAAUUUAGUAAACCAGGAAUUCCCGUUGCAUCUAGUAGUUUUCUUACUCCUAAGGAAGUUGUUUCUUUACUCCAAAAGUUGUCACAAGUUGAUAAGCAUAACUUUUCUCCAAGCACCAUGGAAGAGUGGGACAGGAAAUAUCUCGAGCUUCUUUAUGGACUUUGUGCUGAUGCAAAUAAGUAUCCUCUUUCUCUACGUAAAGAAGUGUUUCAGAAUGUAGAGAGGAGGUUCUUGCUUGGAUUGCGUGCUAAGGAUCCUGAAAUUCGGAUGAAAUUCUUCUCGCUUUAUCACGAUUCCCUCGAGAAAACAUUAUUCACAAGACUGCAGUACAUUAUUGAAGUACAGGACUGGGAGGCUUUAAGUGAUGUAUUCUGGCUAAAGCAAGGCCUUGAUCUUCUUUUGGCUAUACUAGUUGAGGAUAAACCCAUUACUCUUGCUCCAAACUCUGCCAAAGUUCCACCUCUUCUUGUUACAGGUGCAAUUCCUGAUUCUACUGGCUUGCAGCCUAUGCCUAUGGACAUUCCUGAAGGUUCAGAUAUUGCUCAUCUUACACUUGAAAGCCUCGUCUUGAAGCAUGCACAGUUUCUUAGUGAAAUGAGCAAACUUCAGGUAUUGGACCUUAUCAUCCCACUUAGAGAGCUGGCACAUGCAGAUGCAAAUGUUGCGUAUCAUUUGUGGGUCUUGGUGUUUCCUAUUGUUUGGGUGACCUUGCACAAGGAUGAACAGGUAACACUAGCUAAGCCCAUGAUAGCCCUCUUGUCAAAGGACUAUCAUAAGAAGCAGCAAGCACAUAGGCCAAAUGUUGUGCAAGCUCUUUCGGAAGGACUUCAAUUAUGUCAUCCUCAGCCACGGAUGCCUAGUGAACUAAUCAAAUACAUUGGAAAGACUUAUAAUGCAUGGCACAUUGCAUUGACACUACUGGAAAGUCGUGUAAUGUUGUCCUUGAAUGACAUGAAGUGCUCUGAGUCUCUGGCAGAGCUUUAUCGAUUGCUUAACGAAGAAGAUAUGAGGUGUGGUUUAUGGAAGAAGAGAACAAUUACGGCAGAAACUAGGUCUGGACUGUCUCUAGUUCAGCAUGGUUAUUGGCAACAGGCACAAAGCCUUUUCUACCAUGGCAUGGUGAAAGCAACUCAAGGUACUUACAACAAUACUGUACCAAAAGCUGAGAUGUGUCUUUGGGAAGAACAGUGGCUCCAUUGUGCUACUCAACUGAGUCAGUGGGAAGCUUUGGUGGAGUUUGGCAAACAGAUUGAAAAUUAUGAGAUACUACUAGAUAGUCUGUGGAAACAGCCUGAUUGGGCAUAUCUGAAAGAUCAUGUUGUUUCAAAGGCUCAAGUAGAAGAAACUGCAAAGCUCUGUAUAAUCCAAGCAUAUUUUUAUCUUCAUGAGAAAAAUACAAAUGGAGUAGCAGAGGCUGAAAGCAUAGUGGGAAAAGGCGUUGAUCUAGCUUUGGAACACUGGUGGCAAUUGCCCGAAAUGUCCAUUAAUGCUAGAAUUCCCCUACUGCAGCAGUUUCAGCAACUAGUUGAAGUUCAAGAGUCAGCACGGAUUAUUGUGGAUAUUGCAAAUGGGAACAAACUUCCUGCUAAUUCUGUUGUUGGUGUUCAUGGGGGCUUGUAUGCAGAUCUCAAGGAUAUCCUCGAGACAUGGAGAUUGAGGACACCGAAUGAAUGGGACAAUACAUCUGUUUGGUAUGAUUUGCUUCAGUGGAGGAAUGAGAUGUAUAAUGUAGUUAUAGAUGCAUUUAAGGAUUUUGGUAAUACAAAUUCACAGUUGCAUCAUCUUGGAUUCCGUGACAAGGCAUGGAAUGUCAAUAAACUUGCUCACAUUGCCCGAAAGCAUGGCUUGGAUGAUGUUUGUGUGUCUAUACUGGAGAAAAUGUACGGCCACUCUACAAUGGAAGUUCAGGAAGCUUUUGUUAAAAUAAGAGAACAAGCGAAGGCGUACUUGGAAAUGAAAGGAGAGCUAAUCAGUGGUCUUAAUUUGAUUAAUAGUACUAACCUGGAACAUUUUCCUGUUAAAAACAAGGCUGAAAUUUUUCGCCUGAAGGGUGAUUUUCUGUUGAAGCUUAGUGACGGUGAAGGUGCAAAUCUUGCUUAUUCAAAUGCCAUCAGUCUCUUCAAGAACUUGCCUAAAGGAUGGAUCAGUUGGGGCAAUUAUUGUGACAUGGCUUACAGAGAAACCCAUGAGGAAAUUUGGUUAGAAUAUGCCGUAAGCUGCUUUCUUCAGGGGAUCAAAUUUGGUAUUCCAAAUUCCAGAAGCCACCUAGCUCGCGUUCUUUAUCUUCUUACCUUUGACACCCCUGGGGAACCUGUGGGAAGGGCAUUUGAUAAGUAUUUGGACCAAAUACCUCACUGGGUUUGGCUUUCUUGGAUUCCCCAGCUUUUAUUAUCCUUGCAAAGGACUGAAGCUACACAUUGCAAACUUGUUCUGCUCAAAGUUGCCACUGUAUAUCCUCAGGCAUUGUAUUACUGGCUUCGCACAUAUUUACUUGAGCGCCGUGAUGUGGCAAAUAAAUCUGAAUUUGGUAGAAUGGUAAUGGCUCAGCAAAGAAUGCAACAAAAUGUAUCAGGUGCUGGUACUCCUGGUUCUAUUAGCUUGGCCAGUGGAGGUGCAAGAGUGGCUGGUCUUGGGGCUUCAUUGACCUCUGACAAUCAACUUCAUCAGGAUACUCAAUCUGCUGGAGUUGGUGGAUCGCAUGACGGCAGUAGCUCUCAGGUACAAGAAUCUGGGAGAUCAGCUACUGCUGAAAGCAGCGUGCCUUCUGUCAAUGACCAAUCAUUACCUCAGGGUUCAUCUAACAAUGAUGGUGGCCAGAAUGCUUUAAGGCGUAAUAGUGCUCUGGGACUGGCUGCCUCUGCUGCCAGUGCUUUUGAUGCUGCAAAAGACGUAAUGGAGACUCUUAGAAGCAAACACACCAAUCUGGCUAGUGAACUAGAGAUUUUGCUGACGGAGAUUGGCUCAAGGUUUGUUACAUUGCCAGAGGAGAGGUUGCUGGCAGUAGUUAAUGCCCUGCUGCACCGAUGUUAUAAGUACCCAACUGCAACUACGGGAGAAGUUCCCCAGUCUCUCAAAAAGGAGCUUUCUGGGGUUUGCAGGGCUUGUUUUUCAGCUGAUGCUGUGAACAAGCAUGUUGAAUUUGUGGAAGAAUACAAGCCGAAUUUUGAACGUGAUCUUGAUCCAGAAAGUGCUGCCACAUUUCCAGGCACACUUGCGGAACUAACUGAACGGUUGAAGCACUGGAAAAAUAUUCUUCAGAGCAAUGUUGAGGAUCGGUUUCCAGCUGUUUUGAAACUAGAGGAGGAAAGUAGGGUGUUACGAGACUUCCACGUUGUUGAUGUGGAAGUUCCUGGACAGUAUUUUGUUGAUCAGGAAGUAGCACCCGAUCAUACAGUAAAGUUGGACAGGGUUGGAGCUGAUGUGCCAAUUGUGAGAAGGCAUGGAAGCAGUUUCCGGCGUCUGACUUUGAUUGGCUCUGAUGGCUCUGAGCGCCAUUUUAUAGUACAAACAUCUUUGACACCCAAUGCUAGAAGUGAUGAAAGAAUCCUGCAGCUCUUCCGUAUGAUGAACCGAAUGUUUGAUAAGCACAAUGAAUCAAGGCGCCGCCACAUCUACAUUCACACACCAAUCAUCAUACCAGUUUGGUCUCAGGUGCGAAUGGUUGAAGAUGAUCUGAUGUACGGCACCUUCCUUGAGGUAUAUGAGAACCAUUGUGCUAGAAAUGACCGAGAGGCAGACUUACCGAUAACGUAUUUCAAAGAGCAACUGAACCAAGCUAUAAGCGGUCAGAUAUCACCAGAAGCUGUGGUAGAUCUUCGCCUUCAAGCAUACAAUGAGAUAACCAAGGGUAUUGUGACAGACAACAUAUUCUCCCAGUACAUGUAUAAAACUCUAUUUAGUGGAAAUCACUUGUGGCUAUUUAAAAAGCAAUUUGCCAUUCAGUUGGCUCUUUCAAGCUUUAUGUCCUUCACGCUACAAAUUGGAGGAAGGUCCCCGAAUAAGAUUCUUUUUGCUAAAAACACGGGGAAAAUAUUCCAGACAGAUUUUCAUCCAGCAUAUGAUGCAAAUGGAAUGAUCGAGUUUACUGAACCAGUUCCUUUCCGCUUGACAAGGAAUCUGCAGACAUUUUUCUCUCAUUUUGGAGUGGAUGGCCUUAUCGUAUCAGCCAUGUGUGCAGCUGCUCAAGCUGUGGCUUCACAAAAACAAAAUCAGCACAUAUGGCAUCAUCUGGCCAUGUUUUUCCGGGAUGAGCUGAUAUCGUGGUCUUGGAGAAGACCACUCGGUAUGCCUCCUGCUUUAGUUGUUGGGAGUGGUGCUUUGAAUUCUGUGGACCUUAAACAGAAGAUCAUUACAAAUGUGGAGCAGGUGAUAGGGCGGAUCAAUGGAAUAGCACCGCAGUACAUCAUCGCUGAGGAGGAGGAAAAUGGCAUGGGUCUACCACAGUCUAUGCAGAAGGGUGUUACAGAAUUGGUUGAAGCUGCCCUCACUCCCAGAAAUUUGUGCAUGAUGGAUCCAACCUGGCACCCUUGGUUCUAAUUUAUAACAACAAUCCCUGUUUUGGGUUCUAACUUCUAACUGAUCUCGAGUUUUGUACAUCAUGAUGACUAACUUUUUGCUGUUACAUUUAGUUAGAGAUAAUUAAUAAAAUAUUUUUUAAGUCUUGA